AUGUUUGCUGGCCACGACACAACAUCAACAUCAUCCAGCUGGGUUCUAUUUCUUCUUGGCUGCUAUCCAGAAAUACAGAAAAAGGUCCAGGAAGAGAUAGAUGAGGUGUUGGACGGCAGUGACUACAUUUUGCCUGAACAUCUUCCGCAACUUAAAUAUUUGGAAUGCUGUGUAAAGGAGUCGCUUCGAGUGUGUACACCAGUUCCGAUGAUAAUGCGUCAACUGGGUUGCGAUCAAGAACUGGAGGGUGUCACAUUGCCAGAAGGAACACAGGUGGUUAUCAAUCAGUAUAUGGUCCACCGGGACCCGGCACACUGGCCGGAUCCAGAGAAAUUCGAUCCUGACAGGUGGAGUAAAUUUUCCAUUAUCGGUAAAGUGAUUGGACCCUUCAAAAACUGA